ACGUAAGAGCAGCAGGCGACAGUCGUUUUCAGAUUCUCCUCCUGUUUGCGAUUGACGACUCUAGUCUCAAAGUGGAAGCAAAACCGACACACACAAUCUGAAAUUCCGAAUUUCUUUCUUCAAUUUGCAUAUUUUCUCGUCUCAUCUCUGUCACAAUUUGCAUUCAAUUCCCAGAACGAUGCCAUUCCAAAUUCCACAUUCGAAAUUAGGAAUCCGAAUGCCCAAACGUUGGUUGAUUGGGGGUUAAUUACGAGCGGCCCUGAUGCAUAUUAUGAUUGUUUAUAUAAUAAGAUACUUGAACACAUGAACAUAUAGUCCAAUUGAAUCCUUGUUUUCUCACUUCCUUCAACCUUCGGCUGGGCUGAGCUACCAAUACCAAAUUACCGAUACACCUAUCUUACCAAUAUACCAUGAGCUGCUGCGAGUGUGAGUGCAACAAUGCAGAUGCAGAGAACCCAAAACCCAAUAUUUUGGCUGUCAUUUUCGAUUUGGAUGGCACCCUUUUGGACACAGAGCGGGCAACAAGGGGCGUGUUCGAGGAAUUCUUGGCCCGGAAUGGCAAAGUAUUGGACAAGGAAAGGGAGGAGAAGAAGAGGUUAGGGAUGACACUCAAGGACUCGGCAGCUUCGGUUGUUAAGGACUAUCAUCUCCCAUUCACCCCUGAUGAGUUUGUCCAACAAAUCAUCCCCAUGUACCAGGAAAAGUGGAAGUAUGCGAAAGCUCUUCCUGGUGCUAAUCGCGUUAUCAAACACUUCCAUGACCACGGAGUACCCAUGGCUCUUGCUUCAAACUCCUUACGGGAAUACAUAGAAGCAAAAAUCUCUCACCAUCGAGGUUGGAAGGAACUGUUUUCAGUAAUUCUUGGCAGUGACCAGGUUAAAGCAGGGAAGCCCGCUCCAGAUUUAUUUGAAGAGGCAGCGAAGCAAAUGGGUGUGGAUGCAGUUCAUUGCCUAGUGAUUGAAGACUCAGUGGUUGGUGUUAAAGCUGCCAAAGCUGCCGGAAUGGAGGUAGUGGCUGUCCCAUCCCGUGGUGAAGCUGCCGGUUGUUCUUCCCUUGCAGAUACUGUGCUUCAUUCUCUUUUGGAGUUUCAGCCCGAACAUUGGGGUCUUCCUCAAUUUGAAGACUGGGUAGAUAAGGCACUACCGAUUGAACCAAUUUAUUUUAGUGGCCUCUAUGCCAAUGGGUUUGUCAGUGAAGUCACAGAGGAUGGAAGAUCUGCUCUCCCCGACCAAGUCUGGGGAGUUUUCUUCGGUUGGGCUGUAGCUGAUAUGCAGAAGACCUACAGGGUAGUGGUUGCCAUUGGAUUCGAUCGCAAUAGUUCACCUAAUAAAAACAUUCAAAUGCACAUAGUUGAUGGAAACAAUUGCUGUAUAUCCAAUCAGCAAAUGAAACUGCUACUUGUCGGCUACAUCCGGGAAUCAAAUACCAAGGAAAUUUCAUCCAUGGAUGCAGAAGCACUCGAGGAAUGUAAGUUGAUUGCAAGCGCCUCGCUCGAUCUGCCAAUAUUUAGUCGCCAUGGUUGCGUGCCUUUGGUUCCACAAUCUUUUUCUGUGGAAGACAUGACUUCGAGUGAUGAGAUAGAACGAUACUGAAUUAUCCAGACAUGAUUUUAGUGGUGGAAGUAAAACUGUUUUGCGUUUUGCCUUCGUUUUGUUUGCAAUAUUUGAAAUGUGGCAUGUACAAAUACUAACUUUGAUCCGCUGUAUAAUGGCCUCUAAUAUGAUUUUCUUUUU